CCCACACCCACCGGGCACCUCGGAGGGCCCGUUUGCCCCCGACCUUCCCGGCCCCGCCCGAGCCGGGCCUCGGCUGCCCGCCGCCAUGGCGUGCGGAGCCACUCUGAAAAGGACUCUGGAUUUCGACCCACUGCUGAGCCCCGCAUCUCCGAAACGGAGGCGGUGCGCGCCUUUGUCGGCACCGGCUUCGGCUGCCGCCUCCCCUGCCGCCGCCACCGCCGCCGCCGCUGCCUCGGCCGCCGCCGCCUCGCCGCAGAAGUAUCUCCGGAUGGAGCCUUCCCCCUUCGGCGACGUCUCCUCCCGUCUCACUACAGAACAAAUUCUGUACAACAUAAAACAGGAGUAUAAACGUAUGCAGAAAAGAAGACAUUUAGAAGCUAGUUUUCAGCAGACAGAUCCAGGUUGUAGUUCUGAUUCACAGCCCCAUGCAUUUCUCAUCAGUGGACCAGCAUCACCAGGGACUUCAUCUGCAACAUCCUCACCAUUAAAAAAAGAACAGCCCUUAUUUACUCUAAGGCAGGUUGGGAUGAUAUGUGAACGUUUGUUGAAAGAGCGGGAAGAGAAGGUUCGAGAAGAAUAUGAAGAAAUACUGAACACAAAACUUGCAGAACAAUAUGAUGCAUUUGUGAAGUUUACGCAUGAUCAGAUAAUGCGGCGAUAUGGAGAACAGCCUGCUAGUUAUGUUUCAUGAAUCGAGAAUUUUGCAUUUGUGGGCUGCCUUUUCCUUUUGAGUUGUUGCAGGAGGUCCCAGCUAUGACAUGCAGCAGUGCCAGUACCCAUCUAUGAAUACAGGUUAUCUCAAGCUUUCGUCAGUGGCAACCGCUCUUAGGCAGCAGCAAUUGGUUUUGGAAAUUUCCGUGAUGUCAUUACCACCGGGAUGUGGACCUUUGCUACUUGUAUUAAUACCAGUGGCCUCGUUUUGCUGUAUCAUUACAAUUUGGCUUCUUUAUAUUAAUGUUUGAAAGGGAUUAAAGCUGGCAUUCUAGAACAUGCCCUUCACUGGUUAUGUAAAUAAAACUGUAGAAUGGCACGUCGGAUGAAGUUAGUGUGAUUUUAAUUGUGCACUACAACCAAGCUGUAACCAGUUACUAAUGACUUAGAAUGUAAUCCCAGGACAUGUAAGCAGUUAGUCUACAGUACUUCUGUGAGAUAGUGGAGGAGGAGGACGGCAUUUCUGUAUUCAGGACUUUUCUUGGGGUUUCAGAAUGGGUUUAUAUGAUUUCCUUUAUUAUUAUUUUUGGUAGUUUUAUUUAUUCUAUCAGUCUUUUUAACAAAUGUUUAUUGCUGCGCCCCUCCCCAGUGUAAUAUUGGUUUACUGCCCUUGUAGCACUGGAGUUUAGUUGGAAAAAUAAAACAUUUACUUCUA